GCCGCAACUGAGCGAGCACCUGCACAAAGAGUGAGCCAAAGAUUUGAAAACCAAACCAACAGUCGCGAAAGCAGAGCAGCAGCAAGCGAGGAAACAGAGGAAGACAUGGAGUCGGACAUGGGCGACAGCUUCGCCUACUACUGGGAGACGCAGCGGUACCUCGAGUCGGAGGAGCUCGUCGACAGCAUCUUGGCCGGGGCGACGGAGGACGCCAUGUCCUACUACGACUCGAGCUCGCCCGACGGGUCCCACUCGUCCUCGGCGCCGGCGGGGGCUGCCACCAUGGCCCCCGGGGCUGGGACGGCGACGGGGACGGGCGGGGCGAACAAGAACAUCCUCAUGGAGCGCGACCGCCGCCGCAAGCUCAACGAGAAGCUCUACGCGCUCCGCAGCGUCGUGCCCAACAUCACCAAGAUGGACAAGGCGUCGAUCAUCAAGGACGCGAUCGAGUACAUCCAGAAGCUGCAGGCGGAGGAGCGGCGGAUGGCGGCAGAGGUGGAGUCGGAGGAGUACGGCGGCGGCGGCGGCGUCAUGGAGGAGCAGGUGUGCUCGGCGAAGAAGGUGAAGCGGGCGCUGUCGGUGUCGUCCCUGAACGACGCGCUGUUCACCGCGCCCUCGCCGUCGCCGCCCGUGGAGGUGCUGGAGGUGCGCGUGUCGGAGGUCGGGGAGAAGGUGCUGGUGGUGAGCGUGACGUGCAGCAAGCAGCGGGACGCCAUGCCCAAAGUGUGCCGCCUGCUCGAGGAGCUCCGACUCAGGGUCAUCACCGCCAACAUCACCUCCGUCUCCGGAUGCCUCAUGCACACGCUCUUCAUCGAGGUGGAUGAUAUGGACCGCUUCCAGACAAAGGAGAUGAUCGAGGCUGCUCUCUCUCAGCUUGAUGCUAUCCGAAGCCCGACACUUAGUUCGAUGAGCUAUUAGGAAAACGAUGUUAUGUUCGUCAGUCACCUAUUUCGAAUCACCUAGUGUCUUUUGCAUGGUCUAUCUUAUGUAUGUCAUAAUUUUGCCGCCCUUUUUUUUGCAACACCCCUUUUAUAGAUGUGGAUGGAGGUGAUUGUUUUAGUAUGAGGCAGUACCACAAGCGAUAGGUAUGUACUGUAAUAGAACGGUUUGGACUUCGUGUAAAGGUCUUCAUGACCAAGGGAUGAUAUAUUUCUCUACUAAAACAUAUUUGUAGUGAUAAAUAACAAGGUGACUGCUAUAAAAGUUUCUUUGCGGUUU